CUGUUUCCUGGUGUUCCUGCUUCUGACCGCGUCCAUUUCGGCGUACAUGGGUGCUGCCCUGCUGGAAGUGUUGGUGACGCUGGCGUUCCUGGGGCUGCGUGCCACCCACUACUACGAGCGCCUGACCCGCGUCAACUGGCCCUGCCUGGACUUCCUUCGCUGCGUCAGUGCUGCGAUUGUCUUCAUCGUCGUGGCCUUUGCGGUCAUCGCCGCCAGUCACGAGGGGUCUGCCGUAUCUGCCUUUGUCUUCAGCCUGAUCCUCGUAGCUGUUUUCUGUUUCGACGCCUACAAAACCUACAAGGCAGAAAUGGGGUCGGAGCAGGACCCAGAGCUCGGCUGAGGACGUCUGCACCCCCCGCCAAGGAAAGCGACACACCCAAAGCCGCUAUCGUGCCCUACGGACAACUCCCGACCCACGGCCUGCUGCGAAAUCUUGGCUUCCUUUCCUGGCCUCUGCCGGUUCUCCUCCGUCUUGCUUUCAGAGCUCUGCCGUAUUUCAGCUAGGACCCAAGGGACUGUGAAUUCCCCAUGUUGUGUUCCUCCAGAAAAGACCUUCUUUACGCACCUUCCCUGUUUUCCUCACCUGGGGCGUUGGGGAGGACGUUUGGGCCAGGGUUUUGACUCAGAAGGGUCUUAUUAAACUUGCUGGG